AUGGCUAUUAAGUGGGGCGCCGACUGGCAUGAUCUGGCGCCUGUGAUGGAUGCUGGACGCAGCAGGUGUAAAGACUCGGGUCUUGUGAAGGAGGCAAACUGUCUACUUCUAGGGACCAAUGCCUACCAGUUAUUCAGGGCACUAGGCGGCAGCGGACGGGUGGGAGUUGCAUUCAUUGGACUUCAAAGUGGUCUGGUUCAUUUCGAUCGAAUGACAAGAUCUAAUGCGAUCAUCCUGUCGGCAUCGGGCGAUAUAUUGGCUGUAGGCCGGGGUUGGAACCUGGGACCUGCCGUAGAUGGCUACACGCCUGCACUGAAGCGGGCUUGUACAUGGUGGAACGCAGCUCUGUUGAACCACUUGCUCUUCACGGACGCCUCGAGUCUCAAGGGGUCAAAGGUCCGGAAAACAGGGAGAAGGAAGCGAGAGGAGGAAGAGAAAAGGGGGAGCGGACCCCUUGCAGAGAGGGACAGGUUCCCAAAACAAGGACAGAAGUUGAACGAUAUGGCAUGGUUGAUGAUAGUCAGUCCUGCACCGUAA